GCAUGGCAUUGGAGAGCUUUCUUUACAGAGCCCUCUAGAUUGCUUUGGGCAGGUACCGGGACCCUGUGGAAAAUAAGCUGGUGUUAUAAUGCUCUGUAGAAAGAAGAAAUUUGUAGAGGAGAAGCGGAGAGUGAAAGCCAAUAAUCGUGAAUAUAAUGAAAAAUUUCAAUACGCAAACAAUCGCAUCCAAACAUCCAAGUACAACGUUCUGACCUUUUUGCCUAUCAACUUGUUUGAGCAGUUCAAGCGGGUUGCGAAUGCCUACUUCGUGUUUCUCCUGAUUUUACAGUUGAUUCCAGAUGUAUCCUCCUUAUCAUGGUUUGCUACCAUUGUUCCUUUAGCGCUGGUUUUAACCAUUACAGCUGCCAAAGAUGCCACAGACGACUACUUUCGCCACAAAAGUGACAACCAGGUGAACAACCGGCAGGCUGAAGUACUCAUUGAUGGCAAAUUGCAGAAUGAGAAAUGGAUGAAUGUGAGAGCUGGAGACAUCAUUAAAUUGGAAAAUGACCAGUUUGUGGUGGCUGAUCUGUUACUCCUUUCUAGCAGUGAACCACAUGGACUGUGUUACAUCGAGACCGCAGAGCUUGAUGGCGAAACCAACCUAAAGGUGCGACAGGCUUUACCUGUGACCUCAGAACUUGGAGAUGACAUCACCAGGCUUGCAGAAUUUGAUGGAGAAGUUGAGUGUGAACCUCCUAAUGGAAAACUGAAUAGAUACACAGGAGUUCUUUCCUGGGGUGUUAACAAAUACUGCCUUAAUAAUGAAAUGCUGCUGUUACGAGGUUGUAUGCUGAGAAACACUGAGUGGUGCUUUGGAAUGGUUAUUUUUGCAGGCCCCGAUACCAAGUUAAUGCAGAACAGUGGCAAAACUGAACUGAAACGAACAAGCAUUGAUCGCCUGAUGAAUACUUUGGUAUUGUGGAUCUUUGGACUAUUGGUGUUCAUGGGAAUCAUUCUGGCAAUAGGAAAUUCAAUUUGGGAGCAUCAGAUUGGAAUCCAUUUCAGAAUUUACCUGUCUUGGAGUGCAGUGGUGAAAAGUCCUAUAUUUUCAGGAUUUCUGACAUUUUGGUCAUAUGUUAUCAUACUAAAUUCCGUUGUGCCCAUUUCCUUAUAUGUAAGUGUGGAAGUGAUUCGGCUUGGACAUAGCUACUUCGUCAACUGGGAUAAUAAAAUGUAUUAUUCCAAAGAAAACACACCCGCUGAAGUUCGGACCACAACUCUCAGCGAAGAACUGGGGCAGAUUGAAUACAUUUUUUCAGACAAAACAGGGACCCUCACUCAAAACAUAAUGACUUUUAAUAAGUGCUCUAUUAAUGGGAAAGUAUAUGGUGAAGUUGGCCAGAAAACACUAAUUGAUGAGAAGAAAACGCCUGUGGAUUUCUCAUUCAAUCGGCUAGCCGACAGAAAAUUUCGCUUUUAUGACCACAGCCUAGUUGAAUCCAUUACAAUGGGAGACCCAGAAGUCCAUGAAUUCUUUAGGCUGCUUUCUCUCUGCCAUACAGUCAUGUCCGAAGAGAAAACCCCAGAUGAACUGAUUUACCAAGCACAAUCACCAGACGAAGGCGCUCUAGUGACUGCUGCCAGGAACUUUGGCUUCAUCUUCAAGUCUCGAACUCCUAAGACCAUCACAGUGGAAGAAAUGGGGAAAGUUGUCACUUACCAGCUGUUGGCAAUUUUGGAUUUCAAUAACACCAGGAAAAGAAUGUCUGUGAUAGUUCAAAACCCCGAUGGACAGAUAAGGCUUUAUUCAAAGGGAGCAGAUACUAUUUUAUAUGAAAGGCUUCAUUCAUCUAGCAAAGCUCUCAUGUCUUUAACGUCAGACCAUCUUGCGGAGUUUGCUGGAGAAGGCCUUCGGACUUUAGUUCUGGCUUACAAAAAUGUGGAUGAAGAGCAAUUUCAGGAGUGGCUUGAAGUUUAUCAGAAGGCCAGCAGUUUGCAAGAUAAUAGGGAUGAACUGCUCGCUUCAGCAUAUGAAAGCAUCGAGAGAGACCUGAAGCUAUUGGGAGCCACAGCUAUAGAAGAUAAAUUGCAAGAAGGAGUUUCAGAAACCAUUGAACGCUUAUCGCUAGCAAACAUUAAGAUCUGGGUACUAACGGGAGACAAACAAGAAACGGCUAUGAACAUUGGUUAUUCCUGCAACAUGCUUACUGAUGCCAUGGAUGAGAUUUUCAUAGUAGAGGGUCACACAAAAGCAGAAGUAUGUGAAGAACUAAGGAAAGCAAAAGAUCUUAUUUUGGGGCUGAGCAAGGACAUUUCUGAUGGACAUGCUUAUGAUGAAAAGCUCCAAGAAUCAACACAAAACUUGGAAGAAACUGUCGCUUCUGAUUAUGCCUUAGUAAUAAAUGGACAUAGCCUUGCUCAUGCACUUGAGGCUGAUCUGGAAAAUGAGUUCGUGGAAGCUGCGUGUGCUUGUAAAACUGUGAUCUGCUGCAGAGUCACUCCCUUGCAGAAAGCACAGGUUGUGGAGCUGGUUAGAAAGCACAAGAAAGCCAUCACCUUGGCCAUAGGAGAUGGAGCCAACGAUAUUGGCAUGAUAAAAAGUGCCCAUAUAGGUGUUGGCAUCAGUGGCCAGGAAGGCAGUCAGGCCAUUCUGAAUAGUGAUUAUUCUUUUGCUCAGUUCAGAUACCUUCAAAGGCUCUUGCUUGUUCAUGGCAGGUGGUCAUACUUCCGGAUGUGCAAGUUCUUGUGUUACUUCUUCUACAAAAACGUUGCCUUCACCCUGGUCCAUUUCUGGUUUGGCUUCUUCUGUGGCUUUUCAGCCCAGACUGUUUAUGACCAGUGGUUUAUCACCCUCUUCAACAUUGUAUAUACUUCUCUGCCUGUACUAGCGAUGGGAUUGUUUGAUCAGGAUGUGGAUGAGCAGAGCUGCCUCCGUUUUCCAAAGUUGUAUGAACCUGGGCAAUUAAAUCUCCUGUUCAACAAGCGCAGAUUUUUCAUCUGCAUAGCACAUGGAAUCUACACGUCGGUUGUUCUUUUCUUCAUCCCCUAUGGUGCUUUUUAUGAUGCAGUUGGGGAAGAUGGGAACCAUAUUGCCGACUACCAGUCUUUCGCAGUCACAGUCGCAACCUCUUUGAUCAUAGUGGUCAGUGUUCAGAUUGCACUCGAUACCAGUUAUUGGACAGGAAUUAAUCACUUCUUCAUCUGGGGUAGCAUCGCUGUGUAUUUUGCCAUUUUGUUUGCGAUGCACAGUGAUGGCAUUUUUUAUUUAUUUCCCAACCACUUCCCUUUUGUAGGAAAUGCUUGGAACUCCUUGGGGCAGAUAAACAUUUGGCUCAUCAUUCUCUUGACCACUGUGGCUUCUGUUGCACCUGUGAUAGCGUUUCGUUUUCUGAAGGUGGAUUUGAACCCAACAUUGAGUGAUCAGGUACAGAUUUUGAACAGGGCUCGGAAGAAACAGAGUCCAUUACCGAUCCAGAUUCACCAAACGCAUAGAGCUAGCUCGCGGAGAUCGGCUUAUGCCUUUUCUCAUCAAGAAGGCUUUGGGGAACUUAUAACAUCUGGAAAGAAUAUGCGUGUCAAUAAUAUACAUUCAGUAUUUGGGAUAGGAAAAACUAUGCAGAAUAGCUGGAUUGAGAACUUGCGUAAGAGAACAUCGGAGUGUGAAAUUCAGCUGAGAAAGAACACUAAGACUAUAAAUCAUUGAGUAUGUGG